AUGCCUCAAGUUCUUGGUUAUACACCUACCUGGCUUUCGAAGCCAAAUCCAGGCCAUGAAAUAUUUACAGCCGGACCUACGAUCAAUCAGCAAGCUUCGGGAAAUGGUUACAACUCCAACAAUGGGAAAUCGAACAAAUCGGGACCGAGAAAAACGAUUGCACGUAGGGGAACGGAAGUUUUCAUUGCUGUUGGGAAGGAAAUUCGAUGGGCGGAUCUCGUAUAUUUGAAGGAGACAUGGGAAAACAAACAGGAAAAUCAGAGAAGCUUUCUGAAAGGCAAAUCACUAGCUGCAGAGGAGAUUGAAGCUGGACCGGAUGUUGCUCAGGGCUAUAGAACACUCAAAAUUCCAGUGGCAGAUGAAAUCCGACAGUUAAUCAUCUCCCCAAAUUCGAACUUUAUGGCGAUUCUAACGACUCAUACUGUACAUAUCGCAAUUUUACCUGAACCUUCGCAUCUUACAUCUUCGGAAAAAGGUCCUAUGAAGAUCAAGACUUUUCACCUUGGCCCAACGACACAUGUUACAUCUCGAUCUGGAAUAUCAUCUGCACUGUGGCAUCCAUUGGGCGUCAAUGGGACAUGUUUAGUUACAGUUACAAAGGAUGCGGUUGUUCGCGUAUGGGAGCUUUCCACAACUGACCGCUGGUCUUUUGACAAACCGACCCUUGCGAUUGAUUUGAAGAAACUGGCCGAUGGAGUGUCGGCUGAUCAGGACUUUGGAGCUUCCAUGGCUGGACAACCUAGUAAAUUCUCUCCGGAUGCCUUUGAGAUGGAAGUAGCAUCAGCAUGUUUUGCUGGCAGAGGAUCUGGAGGGUGGUCGCCAAUGACUCUUUGGCUCGCAAUGAGAGAAGGGGAUGUAUAUGCUCUUUGUCCAUUAUUGCCUGAGAAAUGGGCUCCACCGCCCACACUAAUUUCUUCGCUCUCCGUCUCGAUUGUAUCCAAUGUUGCCGCCAUGGAAGAUGAUCCGAAUGUACCUCGGAUUAGUAAACUACUUGCACAACAACAAUUGGACUGGAUGUCAGACAUUGAUAGUCAAGAUCCGAUUCAGGUCCAGGGAUCUUCGGGCGAGCCACCAGUCGAGGUCUACAGUAGGCCCUCUAGGCCAGGGAAAGUACCAAGGUUACAAGGUCCGUUCGGCUUUGACCUAGCUCCGCAAGUUGAAGAUGACGAGGAAAAUGAGCUUUUCACCGACAUUUACGUGAUCGGGCCAAAGAUAGACGCCGAAGAGCUCAUGGAUGGAGAGGAGGACGAUGAAUUCGAAUUGGAUGAAGUUGACAAAGACGGAUGUUCUAUGAACGUAAUAUGUCUGCUUACUACGAGUGGACGCCUCACGAUAUGCCUAGAUCUUGUGGGCAUUGAGGCACAAUGGUUGCCAAGAUCGAAUUCAAGGAUACUACGAUUUCUGGACGACCCCGAACCGCCUGGCUUGUUAACAUAUGAAGUCUUGGAAACUUCCAAAUCAAAGGAGACCUGGGCAGGAUGUUGGCCUGUUUUCAGCCAUGACGUCGAGUCGAGAUAUUCAUUCUUCGUCACCAAUAAUUCGAACAUCACAUACAUAUCACUCUCUUCAUGGGCUUUUAAACUGGAAGAUGAAUUAUCCAAUGGCGCAGAUUCUAACGUCCGGUUAGGUGUAGUCAUCAGCACUCCAUCGGAAAGACAAAGGAUCUAUACACCACCCAUGAUUGACCGAAAUGCUCCUCUUGCAGCCAGCACAGUUAUUCAAGAUCCAGACCUUGGUUAUUUCCUUCUCUCAGCAAAUGCUCAUGGGCCAUUAUCUGUCAUCUUUGAAUCACCCGAUUUUCAAGUUGGUUUCAGCCGUAGCCGUGGGCGUUUAGAAUCAUAUGAUUCCGAAACAGACAAUGAAAAGCCUUUGGUUCUAUUCGAAGCUCGGCCAGUAUAUCAACCCUCCUUUGCAUUCGAGCAAACCUCUGAAUUGCCCGCCUUCCACGAAAAGAUCUCUCAUAGCAAAUACAAGCGUUUACUAAAAGAAGAGAUCAGGUUAUCACCUGCUACACUUACUGUCAUGACAGAUGCCCACAAGGUUCUCAGCGAAGAAACCCAUCGCAUUGGUACCGCCGCUGCAGAAUUGUUCCGAAAAUGCAUCAAGCUACAAAUUGAGCUUUCAAAACAUAUCAAACAAGCUAACGACAUCGCAACGCGUGUUGAAUCCGUUAUUGGCGAGGAUUACGAUGAGGGUGAUGAUAAAUCUCGACUUCCACCAAAUGAGAACAUAGAGCAGAGGAUAAGGAAAGCGCAGGAAAAGCAAAAGAUGCUCAGUGAACGUAUUGAAAAUAUUAGGAAGAAAAUACCCAAGAAUACUCAGCAUGAGCUAAGCGACAAGGAAAAAGCGUGGGUGGAAGAGGUCCGCAAUCUUAGCGGGAAGGUCCUUGGUGAAGAUAUGGAGGGAUCAAAUUCGAGCAUGGUGAAGGUUUCAAAGGAUCCUUGGCAGAGAUACGAGGAGGUUAAAGAAAUCAAAGAUGACGUUUUGAGUCAGGCGAAUGAAUUGGUGGUUAAAAUAGAGAAGAGGAAAGAUGAAGCGGAAGGGGAGGAGGAGAGGGAUGAGGAUGUAGGAAGGGAUAGGGAUGUACAGGUUCCUUCUGAAUUAAGGAGGAAGAAGGUGGGACAGAUUAUGAAAUUGCUGGAUCGGGAGACGGCUUUGGUGGAGGCGACGAAGGGAAGAUUGGAGAGAUUGAGUUUAGCUUAA